AUGGCGAACAUAAUUAAUUCCACGGCGACUUUAAUAAACGAUGCCUACGAUUACUACCUCUGGACUCUGUCCCUUGCCGACGAAAGAUCGAGAGGAUGGCUGCUGGUCGAUUCUCCGAAGCCCACUUUGAUAUACACGAUGCUGUAUUUACUGAUCGUAUGGGCCGGGCCAAAGAUUAUGAGAAAUCGGAAAGCCUUCAAGCUGACGUGGGCUCUCGUCCCCUAUAAUCUCGCGAUGGCCUGCCUGAACGCGUACAUUGCCAUUCAGUUGUUCGUUGCGUCUACCAGAUUAAGCUACAGCUACGUUUGCCAGCCAAUCAGGCACGUGACGCGUCCAGAUGAGUUACAGAUCGCACACGCGGUAUGGUGGUACUACUUCAGCAAGCUUCUCGAGUUCUGUGAUACGUUCUUCUUCAUCUUACGGAAGAAGGACAAUCAGUUAAGCUUCCUUCACGUUUACCACCACUCCACGAUGUUCUCGUUGUGGUGGAUCGGCAUCAAAUGGGUCCCGAGCGGAUCGACUUUCCUACCAGCAAUGGUGAACAGCUUCAUCCACGUGCUCAUGUACUCGUAUUACGGAUUGGCCGCGCUCGGCCCGACCGUUGCCAGAUACCUUUGGUGGAAGAAAUACCUGACGAUCCUCCAAUUGAUACAGUUCACCACCGCCUUGAUCCUUGGCAUCAACGGUAUUCGAUCCGGCUGCGACUUCCCGCUCUGGAUGCAAUACGCUCUCGUCAUUUACAUGGUCUCCUUCAUCGUGCUAUUCGGAAACUUCUACGCUAAAGCGUACAUCGCCAAGGGCAAGCAAGCGUACGCAGAGCGGCAAUUAGAGAAAAUGAAGGCGAAAGGUGCAGCAGCCAAGGAAGCGACAUGCAACGGAAAAGUCACGAACGGUCACGCCAACGGAUACGCGAACGGAGUGUCGAAAAAGACUCAAUAA